CCAACAGUACAACCAACAGUAUAAUCAACAGUACAACCAACAGUACAACCAACAGUACAACCAACAGUAUAACCCACAGUAUAACCAACAGUAUAACCAACAGUAUAACCAUGAGCUCUCGUGCAGCACAUAGCUGAUCUGCUCAUCGUUCGUUAGCACUGAAAGCAAAGCGAUAACACCAGAUAAAAUGACAUUACCAACGUUUUCUUACGGGGCCACACCAGGAAGACUCGAGAAUUUAACACUCAGCCGUCAUAUAAAAGUGUUUGACGCCAUAUACGCGUGUGUUAAAAAAUGCGCCCAAUGUAGCUGAAGGUAGUAGGUAAAGUCAUUUGAUGUUUAGAAAGUAGAGGGCGGAUACCCACCACCUUUUGGGGCAUAAAAAAGUAAAUGCCGUGUAUAAAUUAAUAAAGUAUUAGACUUGCUGGACAAAAUGUCACCAUUUUUGAAUUGCGAAUCCGCUCCCUUGUAAGGGUGUAAGAAACUUUUAAAUCCAAAAGCAUGAGAACGUACUUCAGAUAAAGCAAAUGUGUGCUGGCACAUUGUUAGUGUAUCGCAGUUUUGAUUUUGGCUAGAGAAUGGGGAUUUGAGGAGAACAGAGAGUGCGCGUAGAGAGACCGCGGAGGACUCGACCAAUGCGUGGUUUGUUGGCUUUCUUUUCGCGCAAGACAACUUCAAAGGAUAAAGCACAGGCAGCCCAAGGCUACUUUCAGUGGUUUUAGAUAUAUAUAUAUAUAUAUCUGUCGAUAUGUGUCGAUGAAAGAGAUAAUACUUUGUGGCAAACCAUAAAACAAGAGAGCUUGUAAUCAGACAUACUUUUUAUCGACGUCUGACGAAUCUCGAUGUGUAUGACUGUCACGCUAGAGUCUUCGUUACUUCAAUGUCCAUUUUCUGGAGGAAGUCGUUGCAAACAGAUCGUUCAAAAAAGUAUCAAAAAAACUCUCUCUAGCAAGAAGGCGCAGUCGUUUCUGUGUUUAUUUCGGCGCGUGUUUGCUUCUCAAAACGUGACGUGAUUUCUUAGUGCAAAUCUCAGUUAUUGCUCUUGGCUCAGCACAUCGCCCUUUCUGUUAAUGUUGUUGUUUUUAUUUUCGUUUUAUUUUGUUAGCGCCUAUUAAGACCCCUUGGUCUCGGAUCAAGCUAAUUUUCUCCGUGGUGUACCGUCACGUGAAGCACGCGGAUUUGCUCAUAGACACGGUAUUUCCGCCCCAAGCAGUUUCUGCUAACGCGCGACUCCUAGUAAAAGAUGCUGCUUAGUCACGCAGUCUGCUCUCGUCUUGGGCUGCUUGAGCUGUAUCGUGAGAAGAAGAGGGAUGCGAUAUUGGCCUCCUCGCUGUUCGUCCUUCACACCACGCCAGAAUUUAGCUGACCGUUGCUUGGAUGUACAGGUCGUGACACCGCUAGGAGGGUGGUAUACGCGAAAAUGUGUACUUGAUGUAGCUCCUUAUUCCUUGGAACGUUGACAAGCUCGACAGAUUGCUGGCUCCUAAAUUCUGCCAUCCACUCCAGAAAAGUAAGAAGAUUUGCAUAAGCACUGAAGUAUAGAAGACGAUAAAGCCGUCACAUCGAAACUUUUCCCUUCAGAGGCGGUCUAUCUAGUUUGCUUGUAGCCGCAUAAGGCGGGAUGUCAUCGGACACUUAUUUUUUGCAUUUAUUUUGACCCAAAUUAGAUUAGGUUCGGACGCGUUCAUUCGACUCCAUAAAAGGCCAACAAGACUCAAGUGAGCCGAUUGAGCGACCAACGUUUAUAAUUCUCGACCGAGUCAUCAUAUUGCUUUCGUGAGUAGAGAUAAGAAAGAACGUUUUAUAAAAGGCUGAUAAGAAGCGAAAGGGAAAUGGGGCGAGCAAUCCCCUCGCGGCCUCGCAGCUUCAGCUUGGCAUUGAUACUGGCUAGCGUUCUGCUCUUCGUUCUUGGGUGUCUGUAUGUUGGUUUGACGGUUGCUCUUUCACCGGAAGAUGUCAUGAAAGCGACUCGAGUAACGCUCUAUUCUACAUUUUGGUUUGCAUGCGUGGCGCUUGUUACGUCAUUUAUAGGUAUUAUCGCCGGUCUAAAACAAACGAAAUGCCCGGUCGGCUCCUACCUCAUAUUCAACAUAGUACUAUCCGCCGCGUCAGCGCUGACAAUAUUCGUACUGGUUGUCAUGGCGAUGGGAAAUGUACCUCUAGGGAUAGACUGUCCGGCAUCCAUCAAGAAGGACUGUAGAAGUGACUUGAACAUCUCAUUUGUGAUUGGCCUCGUGGCGACAGCGAUCUUGACCUUGGGCUGUUCCGUGUUGGCGUCCGUGCUGGCCUGUCGUUCUCUCUGUAAAUGUUGCGGAAUAGUGGCUGAGGCUGGGGACGAAUCAGAGGAGCUAGAUCCCUCACCUGGCACGCCUGUCAUCCCACUAGGGUACAUGACUACCCCUUCAGAAGACCUCAGGGUGCCACGCCUUACCAUCCCUAGCGGCAUGUACGGCUCUUCAACAGACGAGCUGCCCUUAUACAGGCCUGGGCUCGCCGACGGUCUAGAUGACAGUGAUGGCGAGGAAGACAGAACACGUAAAACAAGAACGGUAGCUGUGUAAAACAAGGUCAACGCCGCCUGACAAUGAGGCCAAUUUUUGAUCUAUGGCGGAUGAAAGUCACAGAUAAAUCAAACUACGCUGCUGACUUGCCGACGGUCUAGAUGACAGUUAUGACGAGGAAGACAGAAGUCGUAUGACGGAAACGGUAGCUGUGUAAAAAAAGGCCAAAAGUCAAAGCGUCCUCACAAUGGGACCAAGUAUCGGGUUAUGGUUGAGCUUACAACGUACUAACCAUACUCAAAGGACCUACACUUUUCUUUCUCGGCCGCAAAAAUGAGACCACACUGGUCUCAUUGAAGCAAUAAUUCCUCCAGCAGCUAAAAAAGACAGCGAAAGUACAUUGUAAAAAUGGGUCCAAUAUCGAACUUUGGGAAACCCCUCUCACAUUAGACAUCUCCUGCGCCACAUUAUGUAGAAAACUCAAAGUUAUAUCUAGAAAGAUACUAAUAGGCUAUGAUUUGUGAGAAAAUCUACAUUUUUAGAAGAAAAUAUUUGAUUUACUUUA